UGUACUGGUGACCGCUUGGCGAGGAUGAAAGUGACCGUCUGUUUCGGGAGGAUGGGGAUUGUGGUUCCCUGCAAGGAAGGGCAGCUUCGUGUCCGAGACCUCACCCAGCAGGCUCUUCAGCGCUACCUCAAAGCCAAGGAGAAGGAUCCUGGUGACUGGGUGAAAAUUCACCACUUGGAGUACAUGGAUGGAGGAAUAUUGGACCCAGAUGAUAUACUGGCAGAUGUUGUUGAAGACAAAGAUAAGGAACCACAUGAAGUUCAUUCAUUUCUCAGUUGUGAAAGAUUGAGCACAAAGCUGAUUGCUGUGUUUGAUGAACAAGAAUCGGUUCCUAAGAUUGAGAGCCCUAGUGGAAACAUAACAGAGAGCCACAGCCCAGAUCCUUUUGAUGCAGAAGUGGCUACCCAGCUGGCUGCCUUUAAGCCCAUUGGUGGAGAAAUUGAAGUAACUACUUCUGCUCUGAAAUUAGGCACACCACUGUUAGUGAGGAGGAGCAGUGACCCAGCACUGGGCCCACCUGCUGAUUCUCUUCCAGGUGCUUCACACCCCAGUGACCAGAAUCUGAAACCUGUUGUACCAGGUUCACCACAGAGUUUGGAAGAUGGGGAAGUCAUGUGUAGUGGACAGCCAGAACUGCUGACAUCACAAAAUGCUAAACACACAUCCAGUGAUAUGACAAGAACAGUGGAGAUUUCUGGGGAAGGUGGCCCUCUGGGUAUACAUGUAGUGCCCUUCUUUUCAUCACUGAGUGGAAGGAUUUUAGGGCUCUUUAUCCGAGGUAUUGAGGAAAACAGCAGGUCUAAACGGGAUGGACUAUUUCAUGAAAAUGAAUGCAUCAUAAAAAUUAACAAUGUGGAUCUCAUAGACAAAACCUUUGCUCAGGCUCAAGAUGUCUUCCGUCAAGCAAUGAAAUCCCAAAAUGUUCUCUUACAAGUGCUUCCACCAAACAACCGUGAACAAUACGAAAAGUCAGUCAUCGCGCCUCUUGGAAUUUUUGGUAACAGUGAUGUUGUUUUGAGAACAAAGGCAUCCCCUCCAAUCCAAGGAAAGCCAGCAUCAAAAACAGUCAACCUGACAGGAGCAAGCAGUGUGGAGACAGACACACAGAUUUCUAGCCAACAGAACAGGAGCCCCAGAGUACCAAGACUGGGAAGAAAGCCAUCAUCACCAUCACUCUCUCCCCUAAUAGGAUUUGGAAGCAAGAAAAAUGCAAAGAAAAUUAAGAUCGACCUUAAGAAAGGUCCUGAAGGACUUGGCUUCACUGUGGUUACCAGGGAUUCCUCAAUACAUGGUCCUGGUCCGAUUUUCGUGAAAAAUAUUUUACCAAAAGGAGCAGCAGUGAAAGAUGGCCGCCUACAAUCAGGGGAUAGAAUUUUGGAGGUGAAUGGCAGAGACAUUACUGGUCGGACUCAGGAAGAACUUGUAGCCAUGUUGAGAAGCACUAAACAAGGAGAGACGGCAUCUCUUGUCAUUGCUCGUCAAGAAGAAAGCUUCCUGCCCCGAGAACUGAAGGGAGAGCCUGACCGCUGCUAUGUGCUGUCCCUGGAGACUCCUGAGCAGCUGACCUUCGAGAUCCCUCUCAAUGAUUCAGGGUCUGCUGGGCUUGGAGUGAGCUUAAAAGGGAACAAAUCCCGAGAGACAGGAGCUGAUUUGGGGAUUUUUAUCAAGUCUAUAAUCCAUGGAGGUGCUGCUUUUAAGGAUGGGCGCUUGCGGAUGAAUGACCAGCUGAUUGCAGUGAAUGGCGAAUCUCUUUUGGGCAGGUCCAACCAUGAAGCUAUGGAGACUCUUAGAAGAUCCAUGUCUAUGGAAGGCAACAUCCGAGGGACGAUCCAGCUAGUGAUUCUGAGACGAAUGGACAGACAGACAGAGGAGCGUACUGACUGUGGGCUCUUUCCGAAACCCUCUCUUGAGAGCAGUCAACAUUUUGUUACCACCUCCAGGCGCCAUGAGCCCAGCCCACAUACACCCCUCACAUACAGCCCACAGGAGAGACAAAAAGAACUGCUAUUGCCCGAUGCUAACUGGGCUGAGAGUGACAUCCCACCACCUCUACCGCCGCAUCCCAGUCUGGAAUUGGACCUUGAAGAUUAUAACCACAGCUCAGUAGAGGAUUCAGCAGUAUAUCAUACAGGUCAGCAAAUAAACUUCAGAUCCUUGACACCAGCCAAGCAGCCUGAAUCAAUUCAUCUGAAAGCCUCAAAGAGCAUGGACCUUGUGCCAGAUGAAAGUAAAGUUCACUCAUUGGCUGGACACAAAUUGGAACCUACUGGCAAAGAUUUUGGACCCACUCUGGGUUUGAAAAAGUCCAGUUCCCUGGAGAGUUUGCAAACAGCAGUAGCUGAAGUCAGGAAAAAUGAUCUUCCUUUCCAUAGACCUCGUCCUCAUAUGGUGCGUGGGAGAGGGUGCAAUGAAAGCUUUAGAGCUGCUAUUGACAAAUCUUAUGAUGGACCUGAAGACUUAGAGGAGGACUGUCUGUCUGAUAAGAGCUCUUUCUCUGGUCAAGGAGCUCCGAAUUGUGAAUCUAACCCUCAGGGGAAUGCUGCACCAGAGGAUGUAGAAAAUAAGGCCAAGAAGAAUAAAAAAAAUAAAGACAAGGAAAAGAAAAAGGAAAAGGGCAAAUUGAAAGUGAAGGAGAAAAAACGAAAAGAAGAGAAUGAAGACCCUGAGAAAAAAGUUAAGAAGAAAGGGUUUGGUGCCAUGUUGAGAUUUGGGAAGAAAAAAGAGGAUAAAGGUGGAAAAAAUGAACAGAAGGGAAAGCAAGGUACACUUCAGGAAGAAGAACUAGAAAAAAUGAAGGAAGAACGGGAAAGAAUUGGAGCAAAACAUCAGGAGUUACGAGAAAAGCAGGCAAGAGGGCUUAUUGAUUAUUCCACUGGCCUCAUAGGACCCCUUCAUGAUAUGGAUGAUGAUGAAAUGGAUCCCAAUUAUGCCCGAGUGAACCAUUUCCAGGAUACUUACGUACCAGCUGGUGUCUACAGGUCAUCAUCACCACUAAGCGUCGGUGCAUUGGGCUACCCACGGGAUGGCCCCCCACUCUCUCCGGAGAAGGAUCACUUGGAAGGGCUUUAUGCAAAGAUCAACAAGCCUUAUCAUCCUCAGACUCUUGCUGACAGUGGCCGCCCCACAACUGGAUGUGCUGACCGAAUCCAGAAGUUACGGAAGGAAUAUCAUCAGGCCAGACGAGAAGGCUUUUCUUUAUAUGAAGAUGAUGAAGUGAGAGCAAGGCCUUCUGAUUAUGAGCAGCAUUGGGUGUCUGGAAAAAGUCCAGAUGGGAGUUCACACAACCUCUGCUUUGAGGGGAUGGAAAGACAAUGUGCAUCCUUACCAAGGAGAGGACCUUCAGAACCAGCAGAUUACCUAACAGGACCUCGGUUGCUAUACAAGGAAAGGGAACUUCCUUACUACCCAGGAAUGCAGCCCAUUCAUCCUCCUAAAGGAAGCUACCCCCGUGCCCAGGAUGUGAGGGUGACAGACCUUCGCUAUCCGCAGUACUACCCACCCCCUCCAGCCACACAUCACAAAGGACCUUUCCGACAAGACGUCCCACCUUCACCACCUCAACACCACAAAGUGCCGGCAUAUCAUGAAGUAGGCAAAACAGGACAGCGGGCAGCCAGCCCAGAACGGUACCCAUAUCAAGCCCAGGACCCCCGGCAGAAGAACCCCAUGACUGCCGCUGUGUAGCAGGAAACGGGCCAGGAAAAAAACCUUCUGCAAUUGCCUUGUUCUUUUUUCCUCUCAGUCCCCCAAAGUCUUCUUGGCUAUAAAAUUAUCCAUGAACUGGAACCGUUCUUUCUGCUGCAGGUACAGAUUAGGUUCUUCUCGCUGAGGAAAUCACUUAAGGCCAAUCAGAGGGGGAAAAAAGGAAGGUACAAUAUGUCUGAUCAGGCCAUGAAAACAGUGGUACUGUACAUUCAAAUGCUUUUAAACCAGUUAAACCCAGAGCAGAAGUGGUAGCUGAAAAGUAAAUAACAUUGUUAGACACACUGAGUGGAAUGUCCCAGAGCUAGAUAAUAUGCAUCGCUGGCCUUUCCACACGUAUGAGCACACGGGCGCGCGCGCACACACACACACACACACACACACACACACACACACACACACACACACACACAGAGCAGUUCCUCUGUUAAAGAUUACCGCUGGUGUUAAGACAGUCUCUGCUAAAGAUCCUUAUCCAUUUGGGAGUCAAAGCAACAGCAAGAUUUUUGCAAUCAGGAAGACAAUACCUAUGGCCGUGGUGUAUACAAGACUGCAAAUCUGGUGCACCUGGAGUCGGUUAUUAUUUUAGCAACAGAAGGAAAAAAGAAAAGAAAGAAACAAACAGAAGUGGCUCCUCAGAAGUUUUCCAUCAGAGAAAGACAGUAUUUCUUUAUCUCUAGUAUCUGUCAGGGUCCUGCUACCAUAAGUUUGAUUGAAUGUUUCACAGACUAUACCUGCCAGCCAGGAAAGCGUUUGGUAAGCCUGAACCUGCAAUAGGAAAGGGGAAGGGGGGUGCCUCAGUUAUAUUUUCCCUGUUUCUCUAUUUAAAAAAAAAAACGGGUAAGGUAGAAAUUCAACAUCAGGCCUCAGGAGGGAUCCUAAAAAUCAGUGAGAGCUGCUGAGAGGCUGGUAUUUCAAGGACCAAUCAAUCACAAGGAAAGAAGUGGGGUCUUGUCACAUGCAGCCCAAAGCUAUGUUCCACAAGGGCAUGCUUAUUCUCUGUUAGAUAGAGGAGCCUGAGAGCCAGCAGGAGGGCCAAAGUUGACCUGGUCCUUCCCCCCUUCCUUUCCGCCUUUUCCUGGCCACAGCAUCAGAGAGGCCCCGAUCUGAGAAGCAGUCCCGGGUUUCCAACCUGUAAUUAUUUAGCUGCUAUUUCUAUUUUAAGGCUUUCUCGUCUAUAGAUAAUCCUCAAUUGGGAAGGAAGAGAACCCUCUUGUUGGGCCUCCCAGGAUUCAAUGCCCUGGAGGUGCCAAUUCAGUAAUAAGUGCCAAACAAUCCCCAUUUGCACUCCAGGGAGCUAAAUGCCAACCACAGCUGGGAGGAGCCUUCUUGGGUCUUUAAAACAAAAUGGCCCAAGGCGUGGUGGACAAACAGUAUGUGUUCAUUAAGGCCAUACUCUGAUGUCAGUUUGGUUUUGAAUUUGUGUGUGUGUGUGUGUGUGUGUGUGUGUGUGUGUGUGUGUGUGUGAAGCAAGAGAAGGGGUAGGAUGUAGGAAAACACAGUUUUGGAAAACUAAUUUUUAAAGGCAAAUAUAAAGUUAACAUAGGAGUUUUUGGUUUUAAGAAGGAAGAAAAAAAGAAGGGAAAAGAUAGAGGGGAGGGGUGAAGAGGCAGCAAACCAGGAUAAGUUUUAUCUGUCUUCUUAGUAACAGCAGACAAGGUAGCAGGGAGGACCCUGGCCCCACCAGAGAUUUAGAGCUGAAUCCUGUUUAUUCCUCAGUUUCCCUAAGAAUAAACAUAAUGUUCCUCAGUCUCUGGGAGGUCAAUGGAAAUUCCAUAAUGUUAGAGCUGAAGGGAGGUCAUCUAACCCAUUUAAAAAAUGAAAAAUCUGAGACUCAGAAAGGAAAAAGCAACUGAGAUCACACAGGUCAGAAAUGGCAGUCAGGAUUUGAGCACACUCCACUGUACAACUCAGACUUGGGUUCCAGUGUCUCACAACCUAGCUUGUUUGACUGCAAAGUAAAUGGCAGAGAAGGGAUCUUAAGGCUUUCAAAAUAAUUUUCAUAAAAAAAUCUUCCAAAGGCUUUAAGGUGGAUAAAUCCAUUGUAAUUCCUUUAAACUCCAUGACUGUUUUCCACUUAUGAAUGGACGAUUCAAAGAUUGUAACUAGACCUAAAUGAGAGUGCAAACAAAGAACUGUUUGAGGACCAUUCAAAGCCUAGAGGCAGAACAACUUGUCUAGAUCUGGGCCUCUUAAAAAGAAAUGCUAUAAGACUCUUCAGCGUGCUUCCUUAUUCUUUAAAAAAAAAAAAUGUCUAGAGGUCACCUUCAGCCAUUGCCUUUGUUUAAAAUGGGGGAGGUUAAGAGGAUUUAUUAAAUUACCAUGCUACUGAACCAAGGGUCCAUCUAUCCCAGAUUAACAUUUCCUUACUCCUAUGUAUCUGUGAUGGCUUUGAUAUAGGUGUUUAUUUAGUCCAUGCAGAUCACAAUCUAUCCUCAUCUGGUCCGUGCUCCCCCAAGCAUCUUCCACAGCGCAUCAACCCAACAUAAUGGAGGCCUUCCCUUGGUCUUUUUAUAUUUCAUAGGUAUUAGCACUUGAGCAGUCUGUAAUUCAUUGCUCUUACUUAGCCCACCACCUUUUUUCCAAUUGCAUGUUUCCAUAAUAAUAUCAUUUAUAACAAAAUAAAAUUGAAUUCCAUCUCUAAGAAGUGAUACUGACUGCUGGUUUGGGAGAAAAAAAGCAAUGCUGAAUGGCAGGAAGAACACUAAGUAGGAAUGAGAAGGAUGUGGAUCUGCUAAUGGCUAUGUGACCUUAAACAAGUCACUUAACCAUAGGAUCCUAGGAUCAUUGGUCUAGAACCAGAAGGAAUUUAGUCCAACGACCUCAUUUUACAAAAUGGAGGAACAAGCUUAAAAAGAGACUUCAGUUUCCUCGUCUUUAAAAGGAGGUGAUCAGUUGGACUUGAUGAUGUCUGAGGUUCCCCCACCUCAGCUUUAGGUUCUAUCCAGAUUUUUGGAGGAAGUGAAGUUUGGCAGAGUAUGUCUCUCCAAUAUUCUUAACUACAAUUUCCUGUUGGAAGCAUACCAGGAUGUUGCUUUUUCUAUCUCUCAACCUCAUGAGCCCAUCCUGGAACUAUGGAGGAUCAGAACCUCAUUUGAAUUCCUGUUAACGGUACUCAGCGGGAACCAGGUUAAGGGAUCUGAUGUGGUUUUUGCCACAUUCUAAUACAGGAGCACCUGAUUUUAUUUUUUAAAAAUCCCAGGUUUUCCCAUCUGCAGUUAUCUGGUGUUUGCUUCUUGUAGUAACUUCACUGGGGAUCUACUUGGGUCUUGAAGGAAGUCCUACCUUGGAGGUGCUGAUUUCAAUACUUGUUUGGAGAAUGCAGGUAUACCAGGUUGAGGGGUGGGCAGGCAAGGAUGAAAAGGAUGAUGAGGUCUCACCCUCAGGCUUAAUACAUUUUGCAGAUGAAAAAGAUGAAGCGAGGGGAAAUGUCCCUUGUAAUGGAUAAUUAGAAAUGAGCUCUUUGGUUCUUUCCUUCUCUGCCCCCCAAUCUCUAGCCUAGCUGUUAUGGGCUAGAAGCCAGAAGCUUCAGCUUAUUGGUAAAGGAUGUACAUCUGGAUGGAGGGUAGUACCAUGAGGUUAAGUAGUCUACAGUGGGCAAGAGGUGUGACCUUACUAGAAAAAAAGCCCUCAUUUUCACGUUCCCACUUGGAAACCCAGCACGUACUCCACCUACUGCACACAGACGGGGUCUCAACUUCUCUGGAGAAGGCUUUUUGUACUGUGUACACAGUCAAUAAAAAUGUGGUAACCUCAGGGAAACAGCCACUGCCGAGAAGGUCCACUUAAAGUGAGUGAAAAAUAAAUUAAGGUAGUUCCCUUUGCUCCUUUGAAAUAUAACCCACAUCCCAUUGGCCCCGGCUGGAAAGGAACUAAUAUUGUAUGUUUGUGACAGUGCCUUUAUCAAGCCAGGCAACAAUUAGAAACAGCUCAGAACUCAAGGGAGGGCUUAAUAAAUCACUACACAACAUAUCCCUUCUCAGGGCACCGCAGCACCCUUUACAGACCUCAUCUACAGUAUUUAGGAAAAACACAGAAUAAUCAGCAUGGGGUGAAAAACAAACUUCCACUUUAUUUAUGGCCUUUGAAAAACUCCAUCAGUAGUCUCCAUCAGUAGUUCAGAACUCCAAUAACUCCCCUGGAAUGCCAUGGGCUGGUGCCACUUAGGAAAGACGUAUCAAACAAACCCCCUUCCUUGAUGCUAAUCUGACCCAGUAGGUCACUUAGGACUUGAAAUGAUGUUUUUGCCUUAAGUCAGCAGACAUUUUUACAGACCCCUAUUUUCCUCCUGUGUUUGAAGGAAUAGGUAAAAAGGAUAAUAUCUGGGAAUAUAGUGGUAGAAAAAUUCUACCCUCCAUUAGCAGCAGAAAGAAGAAAUAUCUCCAUCAAUGCCUUGGACCUUUGAGCUACUGGACUAAGGUGGGGGAGAAGGGCAGGUUAUGCCUUUCCACAGCACCAAAUCCAAGGACUGAAGAUAGGUCAUGAUGGUUAUGUAAAAAAUUCAGGAAGUAGGAGCCAGGCUUAUUAUUAGAAAACAUAGAAUUUCAGACAAGUCAUUUGAUAACAUUUUUUUCCCUUUUAUUCAUUUUUAUUGGGUAUUUACAGUUGCCCAGAGAAAUUAAAUGACCUGCCUAGCAUCACAUAGCUAGUGUUUUCCAAUCCAGGUUUUCCUAACUCUAAAUCUAGCUUCCUAUCUACUUCCUAGCGCUGCUAUGGAGCAUGGUGUAUUGGAUACAGAGGGCUGGGUUUGGAAUAAGGAAAAACUGGAUUCAAAUUCAGUCCCUCACACAUAUUUUGACUUUAACAAACCAUGGACAAACCAUUUAACCUCCAGCUACUUCAGGCUAUCUUCUAAGCCUACAAAGUAUAGAUAUGUGGUCAGUAUGCAUCAGGUAAAAGAGGGUUUCUACACCAGGAGUUCCCAUGGUGAUGGACUCACAAGUCUGGACCAAUAUGGAAAGCCAGCAUCCUUUCCUCUUUGCAUGCAAGCUGAUCUGGAGUCUGAAGGAUUUAGAAGGAAAGGAAAAUACCCCUGAUAUAUUUGGGAUAUCUAUGGGCCUGGAAAACAUCACAUAAUUUGAAAAAUUGAGACUCUAAAUACAGAUCCUUUCAAAAUGGAAGUCUUCUACUGGAGAGACUUCUCUCCUGCUUUCUGAGUCCAUGAGUCACACUGUGGCCACAUUUGGUGCCAUUACAACAGGAAGAGCCAUUAAUAGAAAUAACAAAAGAUGCUAUUUCUCAGCACUCCUCAUCCAUGUCAGCCUGGAAAGAAAUGAUAGCCCAGUGAUGGCAGAGCAAGAAAUAGUCACUCGGAGAGAUCCCUGCAGAGUGAGCUUUGUGAUCAAAGAGAAACCUAGGGCAGACUGAAAUUGGUCCCACAUCAUAUAUGCAGCGAGGUCUUUUAAGGAAAGUCGUCCCUAAGUCAUAAUAGCAUCCCCUCAAGGGCUGAUUUUUCAAAGGUGAACUAGAGAACCCUGAUGUUGGGGGAGUUAAUGGCCCCUGAUUACACUUCUAGCCUGGAUCCCUGAUUGCAAUGAUUUGAGAGUAUUCUCACUCAGUCUGCACUAACUGGAGUGCCGUUUACUAUCAGGAUGUAAAAACAAAACCUGUUGUUUAUAAACUACUUUUUCUAGUACUUUGUAUGAUUUUAUGAUACCAAAAAAUCUGUUCAAAAGUUCUAAAGAAAAAUUAUAUGAAAUCAUAUUUUGGAGUAUGGGGGACGAAAGGGGUGGCAUCUUUGCUAAAUUUGAAAGGUUGUUCCUUUUUGUACCACAGAAAGCAUUUGGAAUUUUUGUUUCAUACGACUACAUAAAUUGUACUUGGUUUUAUUUUGCAUUAAAAUAAAGCUUUUCAGAGUUCAAACAG